AUGGUAAAAGAGGACGAGACUCCUUGUGCUUCAAAAGAAGCUCCAACAACCAAAGCUAAGGGUAAAGCAAAAAAAUUAAAUCUGGGAGUAAAGGAAGCAUGUGAAGAAGAAGAAACAGCUGUUGAUGUGGACAGACACGCAAUUGUAGCUACUGUCGCUGAGGCCAAAUUACCUGCUUUCUGGAAAAAUAAACCUGAUUUAUGGUUUAUACAGGUUGAAUCCAUAUUUAGGUCCAAAGGAAUCAGAAGUGAUAUAGCGAAAUAUGAUGCUGUAGUGGGAACAUUCGACUCAGAAACAAUAGAGUUGGCUACGGACAUUCUUAGAAAUCCACCUGAAGAGAAUAAGUAUGAAUACCUAAAGGAUCAUCUAAUUAAACGUCUCACGCAGUCUAAGGAAAAACAAAUGCAGACUCUAAUAAAUGAUCUCCAAUUGGGGCAACUUAAACCAACUCAACUACUAUUAAAAAUGAGAGAGCUUGCUCCUCAUCUUGAUGAUGAGUAUCUUUCUUCGAUGUGGAAAAAUAAGCUACCACAACACGUACGAGAACUAUUAACAGUAACUGAUAAUGCUGAUCUUGCGACUUUAGCUCGAGUAGCUGACAAUAUCAUGGAUCAGAAAAGUCAAAAUGAUGGUUAUGUUAUGGCUGCAAAUGCCAAGUCAAAAACGUCAGAAGACUUAAUAGACAAACGUAUCAGCAAAUUGGAGGAUUUAAUUCUUUCAUUUACAAAUGAGAUUAAAGCAAGAUUAGAUACGGUAGAGAAGAUGGUCAACCAACGAUCAAGAUCUCGUUCUCGUUCCAAAACACCAGGAAUAGUUGAACCCUGUUAUUAUCAUAAGAAAUUUGGAGAAGCAGCAACUAGGUGCGUGUUUGGUUGUCCAUUGAUGGAUAAAUUCCUGUCAAAAACAAAACAGGAAAACUAA